AUGGCGGUCAGCAUCAUGUCAGCUCGCUGUCGAGCGUCUCUUCUGGCGCUCCUCGCUUGCUUCCUUCAGGUUCUCAUCCGAGGACAAGUGUUUCAGGCUCCGGGGACGCAGGACGUGUUCCUGCGGCCGAAGCGAGCGAACCAGUUCCUGCUGGAGGAGAUCCUGCAGGGGAACCUGGAGCGCGAGUGUCAAGAGGAAUUAUGCAACUACGAGGAGGCGCGGGAAUACUUCGAGGACACGGAGAAAACGAUGGCCUUCUGGACCGUUUACUACGACGGGGACCAGUGUAAGCCUCCCCCCUGCCUCAACGGGGGAAACUGCACCGACUGGCUGGGGGGGUUCCGCUGCCAGUGCCCCCCCCCCCACUACGGAGCGGCCUGUGAGCUAGAGCUCCCCACGUGUCCGACCCAUGGGCCGGCGGCGUGCCACCAGCUGUGCACGGCGUCCUACAACUCCUUCGCCUGCUCCUGCUUGUCGGGGUUCAGCCUGCAGCCGGACGGGCGGAGCUGCCGGCCUGAAGUGACGUUUCCCUGCGGACGACUUCCUGACGACUUCAACGCCACCGCGCCGAUGUGUCGCCAUGGAAACUGUCCCUGGCAGGUGUCCCUGCUGAACAGCGGAGGGGUGGAGCUGUGUGGCGGCGUGGUGCUGGGCCGACGCUCCGUGCUGACCGCCGCCCGCUGCCUCGACACGGACACAGGGUCGCCCCCCCAACCCUCACACUUCGCCGUGCUCGCCGGCGCCGACGAUAAAAUGGUGCUCUCCCCCGUGCAGGCGCUGCACGUGCACGACCAUUACCGUACGGGUCACCACGGCAACGACCUCGCCCUCCUCGAAUUGGCCCGCCCCCUGCCCUUUGACCCCGCCCUGAUCCACCUCUGCCUGCCCAACAAGGACUUUUGCGAAAACAUCCUGAUGCAUUCUGGGAGGACAGGCGUCACUGCGAGCUGGGGCGGCCGGCGGACCCAGAAACUGGUUUACAAGACGCUGGACGAGUGUCGCGGCCGGCUGAACGUCUCGCAGCCUCUCAGCAACAAAAUGUUCUGCAUGGAGAGGCAGAACAGACACACGGUGAACCAGAACCAAACCCAAAAUGGACCCCAAGGGACGCCAAAUGGUCCAAGGCGAUGCGGUGUCCUGUUGCCGGGGACGGCGGUUGCCACAGUGGAGCGAGGGACGGCGUUUGUGACCGGGCUGCUGGCGUCUUCGUCCUCGGGCUGCGGCGGCGAGCUGGUGUUCACCAAACUCUCGCGCUACCUGAACUGGAUCAGGCCGCGGCUGGAGGCGGCCGAGGGUCACAUGACCCCGCAAGUCAGCCUCCGCCAUCUUUAAAACGGCAUCAUGUGCAAACACUCACAUUCAUCAACUCUUAACAUUCCUGAAGUCACUUUGACAUUAAACUGAAGACGCCGUUUAGAUUUCAGUGAGAAAAUGUAAAACAUGUUGCAGAACAUAUAAAAUAUAAACACACGAGGAUCAUGUUCACGGUCAGCAGUUUGUAUUUGUGUGCAGAUUUCAAAUGAAAGAAAGUGCCCAAAAUAAAGACUCCAGUACCCACAAUGCACCAUCAGAGUUCAACACGCCGCACGAAGCAGCUGUUUAUUCACAUCACUGUUUACAGCACCAGGUAAAAAACUAUUCAACACAGCCAGAGGGGAUUGUGGGUAACGUAGUCUAGGAGACUGAGGAGAGAGGAGGGAACGGAUUCUGUUUACUGACCACGAGCUUCUGGUGCUGAUGGGAGAUGUAGCCUUUGAUGUGACCCUAACAGAAACAGUAGAAGAAGAGUUUCCUGUUAACGCCUCAUGUACAUAUUAAACACUUGUAAUAUAAACUUGUGUUGAUGUGAGUCAUGAAGUGGGGAAGCUUCAUGAUAUCUGUUAG